GCAGCAGCGUGAAGAAACGAUCUACCGACGACAUCAACAGAUCAUCACUCGUAACGUGUCCCACGAUCGUCGUCGUCCCUAAAUCGACACAACAACUCGUUAAAGUGUCACAACCUUCACCAAAAUUAUACUUAUCAUCAAGAAAUAGAGAAUAAUCAGUGACCUUAGUCCAGUGUCAACAUCACGCAGGUGUUACCUACGUACUGUGAGUGAGGCGUCGUCCAACACCAUUUGCAGGCUUCCGGAGGAGAAGAAUCUUAACAGAAACUGCCGGUGCUGUGGAGUGGGACCUGCAGGAGUCAUCCCGGCCGACGUGCCCUCGGCCAGGGGCAAGUUGCUUUACAGUGCACGGUAUCACUGGAGACUAGGCCGCCACCGUACAAAGUGUGUUUCAAAGACGAACGCGCUGCAGAACACCAUUUACAGUUGGUGCAAGUGUAGCAGCCACAAGUUGCAUCUCGCGAAGCCCCAUUAGCGUAGCCUUGUUUGCUAGCAAGUUUAUCAGAGGAGAAGAAACUGGUGCUCAUAAUGGCGGAAACUAUAUCGCUUAAGCUGGAUCAUAAACUCCUCAAUCCUAAUUUUGAUGGCUAUAAAUUGUUUUCUGAUGCAGGUGUGACAGUGUACACUCAAACAUUAAAAGAAGGAGUUGGAAGAAGAAAAAGCUACUCAAAUUGUUACUUGCACACAAGAUUGGAAGCACUUCACAACCAUCUCUUUGGAGACCCUUUUCAUCCAUUGUCUGUAUACUACUUCAAUAACAGAGGUCAUCUUGUCAAGUGUAAUUAUUCAGAAGACUCAAGAUUAAGCACUGGUGAAGUUGUUUGGCAAGCUGAUCUAUCAAAGAGCUGUGAAGAUGAGUGUGAAGCCAGCAUAGGUUUAAGUGGACACUAUCAAGCAAGUGUGCACUUCCCAUCCUCUGAUGUAGCUGUAGUAAACACUGGGCAAGGAGCUUUACACGUCUUGGAGACAGGCGACCGCAACAUUACCCACAGCUGGCUGCUGAGCUUUGAAUGCAAUGCACAGAAUGGUGUAAUAGCCCACGCCAGCCUGCUGAGAGGGGAUGAUGACAAACGAUUCCUGCAUUGUCUCCUUGUUGCUGUUACAACUCCAAACAAUCUGAUUAAUAAUCCUGAAUAUGUUGUUACUGAUGAAAAGCUAGAAAACACAAAGGAUUCAGCUUUGCAUCUCAUCCAUUGGCUUACCAUUACCAAUAAUGGUGUUUCUUGGGAACUAACCCGCACUAGAACUGUUGCAGGAGAGGGUACCAUAGAAUACUGCUCAUUAGAUGAAAUGGCCAAAGGGUUGCUUAUUUUAUGUCAUAAAAAUUAUUCAUUUGUAGCAGAUUCAUCACAACCUUUAACAAAACCCGAUCUUCAUUCUCAAGAGGAAGAAUCACCUUUUACAUAUUUGCAAAAUGAUGAAAACAUUACUGUCAUGAUGAAUGUUGACACAGCACUGAAAGAAGAGGUAAAAGUAGAGGUUACUGCAAAAGAGCUUAAUGUUCAUAUCUCCGACAAACAAAUUCUCCAAGGACAUUUCCAGCACCCUGUUAAAGCCGACUUAGUCACAUGGACACUUGUUGAUGGUAAACUUGAGGUAAUCUUGACGAAGGUGUCUGCAGGAGUGACCUGGCAAAAAAUCUUUGAUUCUUCUGAUAUGGAUGAAGAGGAAAUACCUGAUCAUCAAAUGGUUGAAGAUGUCAACCAAAAACUGGCACACCUCACAUCAAAUAAAUGGAACCCAAGUCCAGAUCUUGAGAAAUCUGCAUAUAAUGCUGGCCAGCUGGAAGCUUGUGACGAAGCAAGUGAAGACUUGCUUCUGGUUCGUCUUGACGGCGCCUCUCAUCAACUAUCAAAUUUAGGUCAUCUUGGCCCUACACAGCACCUGUUUAAUUCACAGGUUCAUGAAGUGUCACUCCCGGCAUUUUGCCUUCGACAUGAUGUUGAUGGUAUCUUAUGGCAGCCAAGUGGAGUUGACACCUUCACUCAUGUAGCCACCUUCAAUGCCUUUGGUUAUGUGAAGGCCUCUAAGACCAUGGCAAAAUUUACUUGUUCUUCUGCAGAUGCUUCCUAUGUGGCUGUGGCAGAUGUUAAGAGUCAUAUUUAUGUAUUCUUUCAACCUGAAGCAUUUGGUGGUGAACUGCGUAACAGAAAAUCAGGGAAGAGAAUGAAUACAGUAGCAAGACAACUAGUGAUCUCCUUGAAGACUCAUUCCGAGAUCCUAGGCCUUCAUGCUUCUCCCGGUGUCCUCUUUGUACUAACAGAUGAAACACUUUAUGCUUAUUGCAUACGCAACUUGUAGUAUUUUGUGUGCAUUUUGCUGGUUGCCUAUUUCUAGAAUAUUUAUGCAUUUGAAUAUGUUUUAAGAUGUAAUGUGCACAUUUUUUCUAAUAAGUAACUUUAUUGUAAUUACUUGGAUUAUUCAGAGGAAAAAUUACUGGCAUACGAUGUUCCCUUUGUCUGUUUACUCCAUCACUUCUCGUAUUGUAUCUUUCACUCACUCGUGCGACACAAUUAGUGUUUUCCUAAGUCUGAGUUUCUGUAGUAAUUUUAUCCAUGCUAUCAAGGAUAUAGGCUGACGUGUGUAACAUGUUCUUAAGAA